CGUAACCAAUGGGCGUGAUGACGUUCCAGAAUUCAACCAAUCAACGACGAAGGAUGUAACCCAUUUGAAAUUGAAGCGGGCAAAGGCGGAAGCAAGCGAGGUUGGAACAAUAGUAAACAAAAGCGGUCGUUUUAGCUAACGUUGUAUUCGGGAUAUAUUAUACCCACUUUUUAAAAAAAACUUAAGUCCAGAUACGUUUUGGAGUAACUUUUUUAGGGAGAUUUAGAUGGAAACUUUCGUGUAUACAGGAAAACAGAAUGACCGUUAGCAAGCUAAAUAAGGUGAGCGUUUGAUUAUUUUUAUUUUGUUCCUGAGCACAAUGUCGUUGUUUAGCGUACAGACGAGGAAGCACACGGCUUAUUAUGACCACCUGCUGUCGGCGUCAACACCCAGGACUAGUUUGGGAAGAGAGAGGCAGGGUCAGGGUGAGCAACAGGCAACAGACCUGUCUCUAAGCGAGAACUCCAGCUCAGAAUCGGUGUGCGCAGACAGGAGGAAGUCGUCUGAAAAGAACCGUCAGGCGACCAGAUACUAUGUAACCCAUGCGCUGUCAAAAAGUGGUAGCAGCCAGCUGACCCCCAACCGAGGGAGACUGACUUUGCAGAGGAGGUCAAGGAGAAAAAGCAGGGCUGAGACGGCAGAGAAAACCAUGCUAGAAAGCAGCAAGAACAGCAGCACUCCAGCUCCGGAGAAGAGGCUAACUCUGCAACGCAGGACCAGAACGCCCUCGAUGGAUAAAACCAGGGUCAGCGUCCGGCAGCCAACACCUAAAGCUCUCAGCGACUCAAACGGGAGGACUCCUGUUCUAUUCAGGUCUACCAGCUUGAAAGAAACUGAUUCUAAGAGCAACAAGUUGGCAGAAACGUCCAGUCUGAGCUCUGUGCGGAGUAAGACCUCUUUUACCUCUACUGCAUCUGAAGACCAGUCUCAGAUCUUUAAAACUCCCAACAGAAAGACUCCAUUUUCAAAAAUUGCUGCCAAAAGAGACGUGUUUGAAAGGCUAGCGUGUAAAGAAGUUCCAAAGGUUGUGGCUGUCAAAUCUGCAAGCUUGGAAAUGCCCAAACCGAGAGCACAACAACAAGCAGAGUUCACCAAGCCAGAUCCUCGGGUCUGCAAGAUCUCAGGAGGUCAUCUGAAAAGCUGCUCUGUGGCUCAGGAGAAAAAGACCUCCAUCUCAGAAAGAAAAGGGGAUGUGAGGAGAACAUCCACCGCUGCCACCGAGCAGUUAACGCAUCCCAGUGAGGCUGUCAGACAGCAGGAAUCCUUCAAGAUGGAAAACAGUGCUGUCACUGUGGCCGUGCGGAUCCGCCCCUUCAGUCCCAGGGAGAAGGCCGAGAAGGCAUUGCAGGUCAUCUUCACAAGUGGCCAGGAUACUCUUGUCCAGCAUCCUCACUCCAAACAGAGCUUUUCUUUCACAUACGACUUCUCUUUCUGCUCAGUGGACGACAGCAAUCCUGCGUUUGCCAGCCAACAGACGGUGUAUGAAACUCUGGCUAAACCUCUGCUCCUCAGGGCCUUUGAAGGAUUUAACACCUGCCUUUUUGCCUACGGUCAGACUGGUUCUGGCAAAUCAUAUACCAUGAUGGGCUUUGAGGGGGAGGCCGGAGUUACACCUCGAUUUUGUCAAGACCUUUUUUCUAAAUUGGCGUCCUUGGAAAAUGUAGAGGUGAAAUAUCAUGUAGAGAUGAGUUACUUUGAAGUAUAUAAUGAAAAAAUCCAUGACCUGUUGGUGACCAGGGAUGAACCGACUCAGAGGAGGAUGCCUCUCCGGGUGAGGGAGCAUCCAGUUCACGGCCCUUAUGUUGCUGAUCUCUCCGCGAAUGUGGUGAGCUCUUUUGGUGACAUCAAGGGCUGGUUGGAGUUGGGUAACAAGCAAAGAGCUACAGCAGCUACAGGCAUGAAUGACAAGAGCUCUAGAUCUCACUCUGUCUUCACAUUGGUUAUGACCCAGACCAAGACUGAGAGUGUGGAGGGAGAGGAGCACGACCACAGCAUCACCAGCAGGAUCAACUUGGUUGAUCUGGCGGGCAGCGAGCGUUGUAACUCGGCUCAGACUAGUGGAGACAGACUGCGGGAAGGAGCUAGCAUCAACAAAUCGCUGUUGACACUGGGAAAGGUCAUCUCGGCUUUAUCUGAGCAGAUGCUGACCAGGAAAAAGGUCUUCAUACCAUACAGAGAGUCUGUCCUUACAUGGCUGUUAAAAGAAAGCCUCGGUGGAAACUCGAAGACAGCGAUGAUUGCUACGCUGAGCCCAGCUGGCAGUAAUGUAGAGGAGAGUCUGAGUACGCUGCGAUACGCCAAGCAAGCUCGCACCAUCAUCAACGUAGCCAAAGUCAAUGAGGACACCAGUGCCAAACUCAUCAGAGAGCUGAAGGCUGAGGUGGAGAAACUCCGAGCAGCCCAGACGAGCUCCAAAGGAGUUGAACCUGAAAGGGCCAGACUGUUCCAGCAGGAGAUAGCCACGCUGAAGAACAAACUCUGUCAGCAAGAGAGAGAAAUGGCAGAGGCCAAUCGGGCAUGGAGAAAGAAAUUUGAGGAGGCGGAAACUCGAAAAAGGGAAGAAACAAAAGAGUUGCAGAAAGCAGGCGUGACUUUCAAAGUGGACAACCGUCUUCCCAACCUGGUGAACCUGAAUGAGGAUCCUCAGCUGUCCGAAAUGCUUCUGUACAUGAUUAAAGAGGGACAAACCACAGUGGGCAAACUCAGACCGGACUCCAGCCAUGAUAUUCAGCUCACUGGAACCCUCAUCGCUGACCAACACUGUAUUAUAUCCAACAUACACAACACUGUCAGCAUCACUCCCAUGAAGAAUGCAAAGACCUUUGUUAAUGGGAAUCUCAUAACGGAAUCAACUGUACUACACCAUGGUGACAGGGUCAUUCUGGGUGGGGACCAUUACUUCCGCUUUAACCAUCCAGCAGAAGUGCAGUCUGGCAAGCGGGUAUCAUGUUGGACCGAUGCAGGGGAUGGUCAUAAAGAUUUUGAAUUUGCCAAAAAUGAGCUCCUAGCUGCCCAAAGGGCAAAGCUUGAGGCUGAAAUCGAAGAAGCUCAUUUAAAAGCAAAGGAGGAGAUGAUUCAAGGGAUCCAAAUGGCAAAAGAGGUAGCUCAGAAAGAGCUGUUUAACCAGAAAGCUCUUUAUGAGGAGAGGAUUCAGGCCCUGGAGAAAGAGCUGAAUGAAGAAAUUGAGAGAAAGCAGCAGGAACAGUUGGAUCAGAAGAGAGUGGCCAAUGAGAUGGCAAAGCUGAAGAUGGCCAAGCUGGAGCUGGAGCAUGAGGUGGACACACAGAAGAAACGGCUUCGUCUUCAUAUGGAAGCCCAGGCUAUGGAAGAACAAAGAGUAUGUCAAGCUAAGAUAGUUGAAGCCCUGGAGGCGGAGAAGAAAAAGAUCAGCAAAGAGCUGGAAGAAAUGCAGAACAGAAGAGCUCAAAGAGAAAACCGACCUCCCCGAAAUGCCCCCCCACCAUGGGAUUCUAUGAAGCUGUCCUUGAUGAUCGAAGAAGCCAAUAAAAUUAGUGCUAAACUGAAGAAACACACUGUCUUCAGCAGGCAUGAAAGCUCUGCCAAUGAGAGCACGCAGCAAGGCAGUCUCCAUGUUCGGGUUCAAAACACAAAACUGGGAAUCUCCACUUUCUGGAGCCUAGACAAGUUCCAGAAUAACAUGGCUGCCAUGAGGGAACUCGAACAGGGGGAUUCCACCUCUAAAGAUGACAAUGUGUUUUACGACCCGAACGAUGAGUGGGAGCAGGAUAUAUCCACCUCCUCUGCCUCAACAUCCUCCUUUUCUCGCCGAAGGAGCAGGAGUCUACUGAAGAGCAAAAGAAUCUCAGGACGUCUCUAUGAAAUUCGAGUCCAUCCAAUUCAGAGCCUCCACACCAGUUCCUGUCAAACAGCAGGGCUGAUGGGCAUCUCGACACCUCCGACCGUCCAACAGUCCGGCAACAGAGACACUGCCAUUCCAGGCAUCUGCAAGGAGCUGAUUGGCCAGUCAGUGUCCCGUUUGCGCAACAGUAGUGGGACAGAAGAGAGCCUGGCAGAUAGACUGAUCUCAGAUUUGAGUCUGAUUUACAAGACAGUCCAGACCAUAUCUGAUCUAUACAACGGCCUGGAUGACGACAGUCAGGACAAUGUGUUCGUUUGUAACUUGGCAGCUCAGACUGAGCUGUGCAAGGCAACCAUCGCCAUGGAAAGUGCCGUUUUUGUUACAAUGCAAUGGCUGGCCGGUGUUAAACCCUUCUCUGGCCCGCUCUACAUUGCUGCCGAAGAGCUUAAAAGCCAAGUUAAAAAAAUUGCGGGAUUUUUCCAAAUGCUUAUUCAGGGUUGUGAAUCUGAGAUCACGUCAAUGGUGGUGGAGGCCCAGAGAAAGAGCAGCAAAUGCAUGGAUGCUGCCUUGCUGGCAUUAGGCCAGUUUGCAGUAGUGACAGGAAUGCCGAUGAGCAUCACGAGGCUGGACGCUCGAGCCACAGACAAGGAAUCUGUGGUAACUUGUCUGCUUAAGGGAAGCAGGAAUGGCAUCCAGUCUCUGUUGGAGGAGGGUUUGACAAUCACCAAGGAAAUGUUAAGAGAGGCUCAGCUGGUUUAUCCCAAAAACCUGGUCCUGCAGACUCUAAAAUCCAAAACUCUAGAUUUAGCUUGUGCCCUGCAGAACUACUUACAUUGUCAUAUUAAGGAGAGAGGUUCCGAUCAAGAGGAUGUGAGGGAAGAGGAGUCCUCUGCUGCUCAUUUGCAGAAGCUUUGCACCACAUCAGCUAAACUCUUCCAGCUCAACCAGGCUAUCCAAAAGCUGCAUUCCCAUCUAUCAGCGGUCCUACAAGGUACAGACAAAGAUUCUGACCCCAACAUCUUCAGAGAGCUCAUCCCUUCUGUUACAGCUGUUGAUGAGCUGGUCACUGGCUUGUCCGAGGAGGAAGACUCGCCCAGAACCCACAAACCUCCUUGUCCCAACAUCACAAUAUCAGCACGAGAUGAGCUCCGCUCUGCCUUACACUCCUUGUCUUCUGCUCCUUUGAGUCUCCUUGGAGCAGGAGAGAGCAGAAGUUCAGUAGAUUCUAAAAGGAGUACAGGUAAUGUUACCAAAGAAAAAGCGGAUACUCGCUCUACUGUUAAAAAGCAAAUUGUUAGUAAGGUUGUGUACACUCUUGCUCAGGAUGUGUCCUGUAGUGGAAGCCCACACUGGGUGUGAUUCUGUAUUUGAGUUGUUUUAAUACAUUUUAUUUUUAGAGAUCUUAUAUACUCGGAUAAGAACAAUUGCUAGACUUUGGGAAUAAUCUUGUAUCACAUGCAUUAAGUAAUUGAAAUGCACCUCCAUGGAGCACUCGUAAAUGUAUUUAGUUACACUGCUAACUUUGUAAGCUGUUUGGUAAAAACACAUCAAUAUUUAUAAUCAGUUAAAAUAUAUAUUUAGCAAAAGAGCAUAAGCCAGACCCCCACUUACCAGUUUGACUAAUUACAGUAAUUUGUGGUUAUGGAAAUUGUACAAUGAGUUGAUUCAGACCAUCACUGCUGUUUUCUUUAUUUAUUUUAAAGCAUUUUUUCAUUUAUUUCUGUUAGUUUCCACAAAUCUUUCAAAAUGAGGUAGCACAAGUGCUUUAUUUUGUUCAAAUAGUUUAGAGUUCCAUUUUGCAGCGGUACAUGGUUUAGAUUUUCCCUCAGAUAUUUGGUUCUUUUGCUCAUCUAAAAAAAUUCUUAUGAGAAAAUGCUGGGUCGCUGUAGAAACUUGCAAUGUGUAGAUGCCAUUUUUAAUCUUAUUUAUGUAACGAAAAUGAAGCAGUUUUUGUGCCCCAUUGGUGGACUUUUCUUCUCUUGAUGCUUUUUUUAAUGUCAAUAAAUACAAUAAAAUAUUGUCAAAAAUACAACUCUUUUGAUGUAACUCAGUCUGGAAAUGUUGCAUAAAGGAAAUGCUGUCCUUUUAUUUGACAAAGCUGUCAGGUGUGUAAGGGUCAAAUACCUUAGACAGUGAUUCGUGGCAUUUGUGUAAAAAUGUUCUAAAUCUUUGACAUUAGGAAAUCUUAAUUCCUUCAAGUUAGGAAAAUACAGGUAUGCUGUAAUUUCUGCGAUAGGGAGGUUGCAACUUGUAAAGGUAUAAACAUUAAUGUUCUCUUUUUUUGGUACAUAUUUGUAAGGGCUGUGCAUUAUUUGAUCUACUAUUGUAAAUCAUUAAAUCAAGUUUUUCC